AUGCGCACGACAAUACUGCGACAGAUACGCCCCCUCGCGCGCACGAUGCCGCGCGCCGCGGUGCGCUGGCUCGCCACGGCUGCGGCCAAGCCCCACGUCCAGCUGCCCCCCGCCGCCACGGUGCACCCUUUCGGCUCGGCGCAGGCGGCAGAGGCCAAGGACGCGCUGCUGCGCUUUCCGGAGGCGGGGUGGCGGGUGAGCGGGGACGGGAGCGAGGGGUGGGCGAUUGUCGGGGACGCCGAGGGCCGCAGGCUCGCCGUCGAGACAAUCCUAGGCCGGCACCGUAUCCUGCCGCCCUCGCCCGCGCUGCCGGUCAACGAGCUGCCCGUGCCGCCGCGCGCGAGCUCGGAGGACUGGCGCGCGGUGCGAUACCUCGCGUUCGCGCGCCCGUCGACCACCGGCGAGUUUACAGACUACACGGCGCGCUAUGGCGCCCUGCAGGAGGAGGACAAGCUCACGCUACGCGAGAAGCUGUCCGCGGCGUUCGGCACGUCGGCGCAGGCAGAAGAAAACAUCGCCGCAGCAGUCGCGUACAUGGACCUCGGGCGGCUGGUCGACAUGCCGGCGAUCGCGCUGUCCUCAGGCCAGACCCGGCGCGCCCGCAUAGCCCAGGCGCUCAUGACGCGGCCUGCGCUCCUGAUCCUCGAGGACCCCAUGGCGGGCCUGGACGCGCCAAGCCGCAUACGCGUCGACAAGCUCCUCGGCGAGCUGAAUGCCGCCGCGGACGAGCCGCGCAUCGUCGUCGUGCUCCGCGACAAGGGCGACGAGACGCUCGCGAGCUGGGUGUCCGACGUGGUCGAGGUGCGCGGCGGCGACGUGUGGGUCGGCCCUAGGGCCGAGUGGGAGGCAAGGCGGGCCGCAAGGGGAGAGGAACACCACGCUGCUGUCCCCGAGGCGGAGGACACGUCGGCCGCCGAGCCGAUCGUCCAGCUCCAGGGCGUCAAUGUGGCCUAUGCCGAGGGCGCGCGCCGCGUCCUCAAGGACGUCGACUGGGCCAUUCGGCCGGGCGACAGGUGGCACCUGCAGGGGUCUAACGGAUCCGGCAAGACGACGCUCCUCUCCGUGCUGCUAGGGCACCACCCGCGCUCGUUCGCGCUCCCCGCGUCGGCGCUCACGCUGUUCGGCAAGCCGCGCCGCGAGACGCCGACGCCGGUACUCCGCGCGCUGAUCGGACAUACCAGCCCCGAGGUGUUCGCCGCGUUCCCGCGCAACAUGAGCCUGGACGCCGAGGACGCCGUGGGGAGCGGGUACGAGGGGGUGUUUUCGCGGCGCAAGUUGACGCCGGGGCAGAAGGAGCGCGUGUUGUACCUGCUCGAGGCGUUCCGGCCCUUCUUGGCCAAGAGCCGUACUGGCCGCCCAACGGACGCGACGGCCAAGCAGCUCAGCAGACAGAUGUUCGCGCACUACACGCCCCCGCAGCAGGCACUCCUGCUCUUCCUCCGCGCGGUGGUCUCGCGCCCGCCGCUGCUUGUGCUUGACGAGCCGACGCAGGGUAUGGACGAGGAGAUCUGGGAGGCGUGCCGCGCCUUCUUGGUCCAGGAGUGGGCCGAGAUGAAGAAGGAGGGCAAGGAGCAGGCCGUGGUCGUGGUCUCGCAUUACGAGGACGAGGUGCCAUGGAAGCAUGGGCGGGUGUUGAAGCUCGACGAUGGCGUCGCGACUUCACAGUAGGGAAGAGAGGGACUAGAGCGCCACAUAUGCCAGAUGCAUCAAGAUUAACACGGACGAGCGACAUCUAGCUGCUACACGACCACGCCGACCACUGCACACGCCACACGCUGCUGCUGCUCCUGCUGCUGCUGCUUCUA